CAGACUGACACUCUCAGGUCAAACUGACACUAUCAAUGUCAAAUAAUGGAUAAAAAUUUUAUUAUAAACUUUUUUAUAAACCAAAUAAAGUAGAAAAGUCACUGAAUUAAAUAAAAUAAACAUUUAUAAUGCUCUCCGUUAAAUUUUUCAAUCAUAUCGUACACGCAAAUAAAAAUAUACUAAGACCUUACAGUAAUAAUAUCCUAAAUUUAUGCAUACGACAUUAUAGAAAAGAUAAUCCUUUUGUUAAAACUUGGAAAGUAGUUGCAAAAGAUGUUCCAGAAUUUCUAGGUAUUAAUAAGAGGUCGACUAUUUAUCCUGAACAUGUAGACAUUGUUAUUAUUGGAGGUGGUUUCAUUGGUUCAGCAACAGCGUACUGGUUGAAAAAAAGAGCUGCUGAUGGUUUGUCUAUAGUAGUAUUAGAAAAGGAUAUCACUUAUACAAAUAUACAAAACAAUAUAUCACUUGGAACACUUACUCGACAUUUUUCUUUGCCUGAAAAUUUUUAUUUGUCCCAAUAUGGUACUGAAUUCAUAAGGACAGCUAAAGAAAAUUUAGGUAAUGAUGUGGAUGUUCAAUAUAAUCCAAAUGGCUACUUAGUAUUAGCUGGUGAAAAAUAUGCAGAUAAAUUAGAAGAAACUGUUACUAUACAAAAAGAAUAUGGUUUCAAAAAUGAAUUACUGACUUCUGAUGAAAUUAAAAUAAGAUAUCCAUGGAUAAAUACUAAAGACGUACAAUUAGGUUGUAUUGGUUUGGAAUCAGAAGGAGUUAUUAAUCCUUGGGCAUUAUUAAAAGGAUUUAUACAAAAAUCACAGCAACUUGGAACUAUUUACAUAAAUGGUGAAGUAGUUGGAUUUGAAAUGGAAAAACAACGUGAUGUUCUAAUGGAAGGUGUAGCUCCUGGAACAUUUGAAAAAAUUAGUAGAGUUAUAUAUAGAACACCUGAUAACGAAGAACAUACUAUCAAAUUUGCUGCGUGUAUAUUGGCAGCAGGGCAUAAGUCAGGAGAGAUUGCAAAAUUAGCCAAAGUGGGGCAAAGUGACGGAUUACUAUCAAUACCUUUACCUAUAGAAUCUAGAGAAUAUGAAGUGUAUUCUAUCGAAAACGAAGCUAAAAAAACUGGUCUUAAUACUCCAGUUAUUAUGGAUACCAGUGGUUUAUGGUUAAGAAGAAAUGGUUUAGAUGAUGACUUGUUUUGUGGGCUAGUCCCGUUAAUGGCAGAAGACAGCAAAACAUUAUCCAAAGAAGACUAUUAUAAAAAUAUAAUAGAGCCAUCAUUAAACAACAGAUUUCCAAAUACAAUUGGAACUCAGGUACGAACAUUUUCUAGCGAAUUACAAGAUUGCAAUACAUACGAUGAUACUGGUAUUUUGGGCCCACAUCCAUAUCAUAACAAUUUAUAUAUAGCGGCGGGAUUCGGUAAAUAUGGUAGCUGAGUAAAAGGGACGUGAGGACGCUGUCUCACUCGCACUUAGCUAAAAUGACGUCAUUAGAAGUACUCUUGGAUUUGUCCUCGACCAUGCGUGAGUGUAAUGCAUAUUAAAAACUCCACUCCUAGUAAAUUUCGAUUCGUCAGUUCACAAAAUAGAGUUGAUAAAAUCUGGAUCAUUCCACUUCUGAUCAUCAUGAUCUUCUGAACAUCUGGGGGUGUUUAGAGAAGCCCUUGGACCCCCUCUAUCGAUAGUUUUCGUUUGGACCACAUGAAACCCGACACCCUGUAUAUCAGUGAUUCUCAACCUUUUUUUUUGUUGCGCCACAUAUUUAACGAUUUCAAAAUUUGGCGGUACACAAAGAAAAAGAUAAAAAAUAUUUACUUACUACAACACACUGCAUAAAUA